CAGAAACCCUCGUCCGCUCUCCCAGCAAAUCUCACCGACCCGCGUGCGAUGGCGACCGGCGCGGCUGCAGCGUCCUCCUCUGCGACCUCCUCCUCCCAGCCUCUCCUCGCCAGCGGCGACUGGACCAAGAACCUCGUCCAGCUCGCGAAAACUGCCGAGCUCAAGAAACAUGCGCUCACCCUACAGCUCCACACGGCGCAUAUACUGUCGGCGCAUGCAUCGCUAGACCAGAAGCAGAAGGCCAUUCAAGAUGUCAAAGAGCAGAAGAACAAAUUGGAGAGUGAAAGGGCUAGAUUGCUGAACUGUCUUCGCGAGGUGAACGAAGAUCGAGACAAGGCGGACCUGAUGGAAGCGACGCUGAACAAGGAAUGCGCGGACCUGCGUCAGAAGAUCCAGGCCCUCAGCGACACCGAAUACGCCACCGCGAAAGCGGACGUCGACAGACUGCGGCAAGAGCUCGGCCAGGCGCCCCUGCCUAGCCUGCAACAAACAUUAGAAGAGAAAUCAACGCAGUACCUCAAGGAGCUCCGCCUCCAGACCGAGAAGGGAAACACAUCCAACAAGCGCGCGGCAGAGGACACCUCAGGCGCGGACGGUCAACCGUCGGGCAAGCGUCCGCGCGGGCGACCGAAGGGCAGCAAGACGAACAAGGGCAAGGCGAAGGAGACCGCGCCCACGGGGAGUGCGGGUGCGACACCUGCUCCGGGGACUGCGCCGAACUCUUCCGCGCCCUGAGUGGGCCAGGCGGCGUUUUCGCGGAUUCUGGGCCUGCGGUCGGCGGCGGGAUGCUGCAACGAGGGACGACGUGGUGUGCGUCCGACGAGAUAGGAGUGUGCUUCGGCCAGGGCUGACGGCUGAUGGUGUCGCUGUGGGGUUGCUGGUGGGUGGUGGACCCGGGUGGGGUGAUGGGCGGGUGACACGGUCGAGACUGUAGCCCCUCAUUCAGGUUGAUGGAGGCAAUCGUUCUCAGGCGGACGCAUGAAGCGAUCAGUGCCGGUGUGGUGUAGGUUCCUGUAGAUCGGUGCACAGUCGUGCGGACACUCUCCAUUCUUGCGAGGGCGUGGUUUACUCGUCCUCGCCGUGUUCCACUCAUCAAGUAAUCCACUAAUAUUGUAUGUCUUUCAUAUCACGAAUGUCACACGUAUGCCCGUAAACACCGUAUUUGACA